AUGUCUUCCAAUAAUCCAUACCGUGAUCCCCGGCGCGAAUCGCAGCAUCCACGCCAAACCUCGGGCUCGCGACAACGCCGGCAGUCCAGCACUGAACGGGAGACGGUGCGCUCGUCGGAUCGCCCACGCCGAACUAGUAGCAGUCGCCGAGACAGAGAAGACCAUCGCGACCUCCAUAGCCAUGCUCGCCGGCGACGAAGCCCAGCGCAAAGAACCGCUCCGAGCUACAACCCAAAUCACGACGUAGCGGAACAUCACUCGGAGAAGCCCAAGGGAGGCGACGGAGCUCGAGUCCACGUGCAGCCAGCAAGAGACGAUCUCUCCUCAGGCAUGCCUUCGCCAUGGAAGCCUACAGAUCAGGAUAGAGAUCCCAUGAUAGAGGCCAGCGAUAUCUCGCGCAAGAAAAGCUUGGUCAGGCCCGAAAGGCGUCGGAAUCAUCCAGAAGAUCCCAACUAUUACUAUCGCAAACAUGCGCAGAACAUGGAUGUCAUGCCCUCCACCACCGGGCGUGACCCGCAGCUGGAGGAAGAUAUGCUCACAUUGAACUCCGAGGAUGCUAGAAAUGAUGCUCUCGACAGGGAACCACUGCAAGAGAAAUCCCUGAACCGUAAUGAGAGCAAGAGACAGCCCAACAAGCUUUCGCGGCACGCAUCACGGAAGGAGCGCGAGAAGCAGGAAAAGGAGAUACAGCGACAAAAGGUCCAGCAAGAGAAUGGCGCGCUCACGGCAUGGGGUUCGUAUUGCCAUGUGCUCACCUUUUGGGCGCCCAACGUGAUUCUAUCGUGUUUUGGCAAAAAGCUCAAGGAACAGCAGCGUGCUUGGCGGGAAAAGAUUGGGCUCGUGUCCCUCAUCAUACUUGUAAUGACCUUUGUUGGCUUCUUGACUUUCGGUUUCACCGCGACUGUGUGUCCGGAGGGCGGCCCUCUACGGCUGCGCAUCAACAAGAUUGGACCCGGUUACAUGAUCUUCCACGGUCAGGCCUACGACUUGACACGCUCCCAGCACCCGCUCGCAAGAGGUGUGCCCGGCGGCAGCAACGUUCUUUUCGACGCCGACCCACCUGGUGGUAGUAAGGACGGCAGCUUUAUGUUUCAGAAUGUCAAUGGUGCUUGCAAAGGGUUGAUCACAGCCGCAGAAGGGUCCGAUGUGCCAACCGAUAGCGAUGGAAAUCUCGCUUGGUACUUCCCAUGCAACCUGUACGAGCAGGACGGCUCGUCCAGCAUCGAACCCAACAUGUCGAUACCGUACUAUUUGGGCUAUGCUUGUCACACCUCACGCACUUCGCGUAAUGCUUUCUAUGGUCUACGAUCUUCAGGCGAUGUUUACUUCACCUGGGAAGAUGUCAGAAACACCUCCCGAAACCUCAUGGUCUACUCUGGAGAUGUGCUAGACCUGGAUCUCUUGAAAUGGUUCAACACCUCCCAAGUGGCGUAUCCCACCAAAUUUGAUCAAAUCAGAGAGAACCCUGCCGUUCGUGGCAAGGACGUAUCGCAGGCUUUCGGAUCUGGCGAAAACAAGCAGAUCGCACAAUGUUUCCAGGACAUCAUCAAGGUCGGGUCUAUCGACACCGAGACUAUAGGCUGCAUUGCUUCAAAGGUCGUGCUCUAUGUAUCGCUCAUCUUCAUUCUGUCGAUUGUUGUGAUCAAGUUCGUGCUGGCCUUGGCAUUCCAAUGGUUCCUGUGUCGGAAAUACUCCCCCCCGAAGACGAGCAUGACAAGCGACAAGAAGAAGCGGAAUGAGCAGAUUGAGGAAUGGACAGACGACAUUUAUCGUGCUCCUCCCAAGAUAACAGAGCCCGCAUCGUACGGUGGCAGCGAUCGAACCAACAAGCGCAACAGCUUCCUCCCGGCGACCUCAAGGUUUACCAGUCCUUAUGCCGUCGAGAGGAGCAUGAACAAAAAAGGCCUGCCCCCCACCACCAUGAUAUCGCAACAGUCUGCGUCGCGUCUGACCCCUGGUGUUUAUUCGGCGACCAACCGAUCGGACACCCAUCUACCCCUCGGAGGAGACUCGGAAAGCCGCGCCAGCUUGAUGGAGUCUCACCAAUUUGGUUCACAACGCUACAGCAGCGUCAUGAACCCCGAAACAGACAUGAGCGGACCUUCGGGCUUCAUUCACGAGUCUGUAGUGCCUCAGCCCCCUCCAGAGUGGCAGCCAUUUGGCUUUCCCCUAGCUCACACUCUUUGCCUUGUCACCGCAUAUUCCGAGGGUCCUGAGGGUAUUCGAACAACUCUGGAUUCGAUCGCCAUGACGGACUAUCCGAACAGUCACAAACUGAUCUACAUUGUUUGUGACGGAUUGAUCCAAGGCAAGGGAGAGUCCAUGUCGACGCCCGACGCAUGUGUCAGUAUGAUGAAAGAUCACUCUGUGGCGCCCGGCCAAGUUGAAGCGUUCUCCUAUGUUGCUGUUGCCAGUGGCAGCAAGCGUCACAACAUGGCAAAGGUCUACUGUGGCUUCUACGACUAUGGUGCAGACAGCAUCAUCCCGGUAGAGAGGCAGCAACGCGUUCCCAUGGUUGUUGUCGUCAAAUGYRGCACCCCAGCCGAGGCGGAAUCGUCCAAGCCGGGCAAUCGAGGAAAGCGUGAUUCGCAGAUCAUCCUCAUGUCAUUCUUGCAGAAAGUCAUGUUUGAUGAGCGCAUGACGGAGCUGGAGUACGAAAUGUUCAAUGGUAUCUGGAAGCUUACUGGCAUAUCACCCGACUUUUACGAGAUUGUGCUCAUGGUGGACGCCGACACCAAAGUGUUUCCCGACUCGCUCACCCACAUGGUGUCCGCAAUGGUCAAAGAUCCCGAGAUCAUGGGGCUCUGCGGCGAGACGAAGAUUGCCAACAAGCGGGACUCUUGGGUGUCUAUGAUUCAGGUCUUCGAGUACUUCAUCUCGCACCACCAGUCCAAGGCUUUCGAGAGCGUGUUCGGCGGUGUCACAUGUUUACCUGGAUGCUUUUGCAUGUACCGCAUCAAGACACCCAAGGGUGGGCAGAACUACUGGGUGCCUAUUCUUGCCAAUCCUGACAUUGUGGAACAUUACUCGGAGAACGUCGUCAACACGUUGCACAAGAAGAAUCUGCUAUUGCUGGGUGAAGAUCGAUACCUCAGUUCGCUGAUGUUAAAGACUUUCCCCAAGCGCAAGCAGAUGUUCAUCCCCCAGGCUGUAUGCAAGACUACUGUGCCGGACACGUUCAAGGUUCUGCUUUCUCAGCGUCGCCGAUGGAUAAAUUCCACCGUACACAACCUGAUGGAGUUGAUCCUCGUACGUGAUCUAUGCGGAACCUUUUGCUUCAGCAUGCAAUUCGUGCUCUUCAUCGAACUCAUGGGCACGCUUGUUCUUCCCGCCGCCAUUGCCUUUACAUUCUACGUCCUUGCCAUUGCGAUCAAAGCGGGUGUUGAAAACACUACUGCACCGGUCAUUCCUCUAGUCCUUCUCGCCUUGAUACUUGGUCUACCCGCAGUCCUGAUUGUCAUCACCGCUCAUCGUAUAAGUUACGUUGUUUGGAUGUUGAUAUACCUGCUCUCCCUCCCCAUCUGGAACUUCUUACUACCCAUCUACGCCUUCUGGCACUUUGACGAUUUCAGCUGGGGAGAUACCCGUCAAGCUGCGGGCGAGAAGAAGGGCGCCGACAAGGGCGGUCAUGGCGGCGAAGGCGAGUUCGACUCUAGCAAGAUUACCAUGAAGCGCUGGAACGAUUUCGAGCAGGAGCGUCGUCUUCACGCUCCACAAUACCCGAACCCGACUCAGUACAACAGCAAUACUGGCAGCCCGCGCCACCCAGCGAGCAUCAGUCAUUCCCAGGGUGCCCAUGGUCAUGAACGGCGCGUUAGCUCGUUCAUGUUGUAG